GUACUUAAAGCCAGGUAUUACGGCGUGUUACGCUGCUGGCGCUUGACACUAGCAAACAACCCUUGCGAAUAGUGCAAACGCGAGAAGUAAAGUCGAUAACUUGACGCAUCUCAACGACUCUGUGCACUACUGAACACGCUACUUAGUAGCCAACAUGAGUGGGCUGGACUGGCUGAAAUCGAGUUUGCAGACCGGUUUCGCGGCAGCGCAGAAACAGGCGCAGGAAGCAGCGGAGAAAGCGAAAGUUCUCGCUGUACAAGCUCAGGCCCAGGCGAAAAUCUACGCGGAGCAGGCGGAAAAGAAAGCGAAGGAGCUAGCAAGCGCUGCAGCAGAUGAGGCCCAGGCGAGGUUUCAACAGCUGGCAGCAGCGACCGCAGCGACGGGCGGCACUGGCGGGGGAUCAGGCUCGGGCUCGGGGACCGACGUGGACCCGGCAGAGCUGCUUAAGUACGGCGUGACGCCGGGGCUGCUGGAGACGGUGUCGGGCAUGACCUACAGCACGUUCAGUGACUACCCACUGGACUCACUGCCCUCCACCAACCCGCUGGGCCUGAGCCCACCCAUACCCGGGCCGGGCUUCAAGCUGACGCCCUGGCAGGAGCGGCACGCGCUGCUGGUGCUGACCAAGGGCGACCAGCUGCAGGGGCUGCGGUUCGCGCUGUGCCCAAAGCGCAUGGGUGAGGAGUUGUUCUGGGUCAUUUACUUCACGCUGGUGAAGACGCUGCUGCCGCCGGAGGCCUUUGAAAAGCCCUCCAUAACGGCGCCGGCAGCGGCGGCUGGGGCGUCAGGCGGCGGUGGCAGCUCCGCAGGCGCGGCGCUUAGCAACAGCGGGGCGGAUGCGCCGUCUGCCGGGCCCGCUUCAGCCGCCAGCAGUAUCAAGCGCCUCGCAACCAGCGCCUCCGCAACCACAACCCCCGCCGCCGCCUCGACCUCUGGUGGGACAGCGGCAGCUGCAGGCGCGUCACCCGCGCCCACGGGGCAAGGCAGCACCGCUGGCGCCGCCGCAGGCGCUGCAGCCUCGUCCGGCACGCCCGCUCGCUCGCCGCUAUCUGGCGAUGAAGCGGAGCUGUUGGAUGCGGUGACGUCAUCUGGCCCUGAUGACGGAGACAACGACGAUGACGCCGACGAUGAUGACGGCGACGUGGACGACGAUGAUGUUGAUCUAGACAACUUGGAGGAUGACCCCGAGCUGGCCGCGUACCUGCAGGAGGCGCUGGACGUGGGCGAGGGCGGCGAGGGCGAGGAGGGCAGCGCCGUGGACGACCUGGAGGACCUGGACGACUACAUCAACCAGCUGGAUGCGGAGCUGGGCGGAGGCGGCGGAGGAGGCAGCGGCGCGGGGGAGGAGGAGGAGGAGGACAGCGAGGAGGCGGGCGACGAGGGCGCGGCGCGGGAACCGCCGUCGCUAGAGAGCUCGCCGGCCAAGACGCCCGCGAAGAAGGCGUAGGCGGGCAGGGGUUGGGGGUUGGGGGUGUGGUAGGGCGCGGGAGAGGAGGGGCCCGGCGCGGCGCGGCUGUGACUAAGACUGAGGCGUGGAGGGGUGGGGUGGGCGCUUGCAGGUGCACGGAGCUACUACCAGGUAGCGGCGAUGUUGGACGGGGGCACAGCUGCUGUUGGUAUACGAGGCGAGAGGUACCGUAGGCUGGCAGCAUGCGGGUUGAUGGGCGUGGAUCACACCGCUUCAGCAGGUUCUUGCGCGUUUGGUCAUGUCCUCCUAAUUGACCGUGCGCUUGAUGUGCGGCGUGCUGUAUGCGUGCUGCAUUUAUGCUUGUGAGCGGUGGGCUCAAUUUGAGACCAGUAACUGAAGUUAUGGCGUCGAGCAGGAGCUGUAAGCCAUUCUGGCG